AUGGAUAGUGUCAGCAGCCUCCCCGACCACCUGCUUCACCACAUCCUGAGCUUCCUGCAAACGCAGGAAUCCGUCCGCACGAGCGUGCUCUCGCGGCGGUGGCAGCGCGUCUGGAUCGGUCUCCCGACCUUCGCGUUCGACGACAAGCGAGGAUCCUCCAUAGCAGGAUUCGCCAGUUCAGUGGACGCGGUGCUCGCGCCUAGGCUCCUCCAGGGCACGGUAGACAGGCUCCAGAUAUCCGUCAGGCAUCCUCCGCACAUCGCCCGUGCGAACGAGUGGCUUCAGCGCGCCGCCGAGCGUGUCCGUGAAGAUAUCAGCAUCAUCUUCCACGAGAAUUCGCCCGCAGAAAGAACCCUCCAUGACACCGACAAUGGCUACGACCGGAUCGUGCUGCACCUGCCGUGCGGCGGAAGGGCCACGGCUCUGACGCUCGACUUCCACGCGAUUGGCAUCGCCACCCUCGUGAUCCCGCCGGCGGUGCCGAGCUCGUUAUUGACCCGGCUGGAGCUCAAGUUCCUGCGGGUGGACGCGAGCAGCCUCUCCAGCUUCGUGUCCUCGCGCUGCCCCAGUCCGAGAAAGCUUGUUGUACACACCUUCGGCGACAUGGAUGCCCUCAGGUUCUCCAACGAUGCCCUUGAAGACCUUGACAUCCACUUCUACUUCGGCGGCCUCCGGCGGCUUGAGGUGUGGUCUCGCAACCUCCGCCGCCUCUGCGUUCGCGGAGUCUUCUCGCCGGAGGCUAUGGCCCACGACGGCAGCAAGUUGGCCAGCUUCUUCACUCCCCGGCUCGAGCACCUCUGUUGGACUAGCAGCAUAAGUAUAGAUCCGAGCAGGAUCGACUUCGCCCACAGUUUGUCCACAGUUCGCCAACUUGAGGUCGAGCUCGCGACCCACGCUCUGGUGCAUCACACACGCUGGUACCGCGACCGCAACAAACUCGCUCCAAUGUCUGCGUCUGGUGUGGUGUACUCGGAUCUGAUGGCAGUGAUACGCCAUCUUAGCACCGUCACUGACCUGACUGUGUCCACCAUCUUGGAUCAUCAUGCGUACGGAGCCAGCAUAGCAAGACUGCUCUCAAGGUGCAGCAACAUAGAGACGCUUACCAUCCUUGUCAAACAAGAGAAAUGUGAGGAUGAGUACACUUGUCCGCUCACAUCGGCGUGCUGGUGCAAAUGUCCUGCCGACUGGAGGGAGCAGAAGCUCUGCCUGGACUAUCUGCGCCAAGUCGACCUCAAGGGCUUCAGUAAGGCAGACUGGCUGCCUGACCUCGUUACCCUUCUGUGCUGUGCAAGACACGCUGUGAAUGUUAAUUAUUGUGACUAA